CCCCUGCUUUCGCUCUCCUCACACCACACCAGUUCGUCGCAAAACCCAAACCCGUUCCAACCGCAAGGAGACUCCGCUCUGCGAAGAACGGGACGGAUCUAGCUCGACCCUCUAGACCGGCAGACAAAGGAGACGCCUUCGUGCGGCACGCUCUUGGGGGUAAUGGCGCCGGCGUGGGAGCGCGCCAGGCGCGCGCUCGCCACCAGGUUCUGCAUGCGCUUUGCGGCGAGGCGCGUGGUCGUCGAGGAUGCGCCACGUGGGAUGGACGACAUAGAGGCAGAGGAGGAGGAGGAGCAGGAGCAGCAGCAGCACCAAGAGGAGCCGGCCGAGGAUGAGAGGGAGAUGUCGCUGGCCGCGGAGUCCGAGGACCUGGCGUCGUCGUGGUCUGGGAGCCGGAGUUCAGAGACAUGUGCAAUUUGCCUCAGCGGCAUGAGGUCCGGCCGCGGCCAAGCGCUAUUCACUGCUGAAUGCUCCCACAAGUUCCAUUUCAACUGCAUCUCCUCAAACGUGCAGCACGGCAACAAGAUCUGCCCAAUCUGCCGUGCUGUGUGGAAGGAGCUGCCUUUCCAGGGGCAUGUGGCUACAUCUGCUGCUGCUCAUGUGGUUUGGCCCCAGAUGAGCAUGCAGUCAGUGAGUCCGCUGGAUGAGCUCCCGGUCUUUGGCUAUCAGGAUACAGCAGUUAUGAACGACGAUGAGCAGAUACAGCCUACUGAAACAGCAGUUGGUGAUGAGGCUCCUCCUCCUCCUCCUCCUCUGCUUGAGAUCACGACGUACACUGAAUUCCCAGCCGUCCAGGAGUCCGUGGCACACGAGGAAUUCGCCAUCGUCAUCCAUCUCAAGGCUCCGUCGUGGGUGAGCACCCGAGCGCCACUGGAUCUGGUGACUGUGCUCGACGUGAGCGGGAGCAUGUCGGGCCCCAAGCUUGCACUCGUCAAGCGCGCCAUGAGGUUCGUGAUCGAGAACCUUGACCCCAGCGACCGGCUCUCCGUCGUCGCCUUCUCCUCGGCGGCUUGGAGGCUGUUCCCGCUCCGGAGGAUGACCGCCUCCGGACAGCAGCAGUCGCUGCAGGCUGUCAACUGCCUCGUCGCCGACGGCGGCACCAACAUCGCCGACGGGCUGCGGAAGGCUACCAGGGUGGUGCAGGACAGGCAUGCCAGGAACCCGGUCUGUAGCAUCAUGCUCCUCUCUGACGGCGUCGACUCCCACGUCCUCCCGCCGCGGCGCGGCUCGGCGCCGGACUACGGCCGGCUCGUCCCGCGCUCCGCCCUCCUUCCCGGGAGCGAGCACCACGUGCCGAUCCAUGCCUUUGGCUUCGGCAUCGACCACGACUCCAGGGCGUUGCACGCCGUGGCCCAGAUGUCCGGCGGCACCUUCUCCUUCAUCGACGUGGUGGGGUCGAUCCAGGACGCCUUCGCGCAGUGCAUCGGCGGGCUCCUCAGCGUCGUGGCGCAGGAGACGACGCUCAGCGUCGAGUGCGCCGACCAGGGCGUGCUCCUCACGUCCAUCAAGUCUGGCAGCUACGCCAGCGGAGCGGACGGUGACGGCCGCGGCGGGUUCGUCGACGUCGGCCGCCUCUACGCCGACGAGGAGAGGGACUUCCUCGUCACCGUGCGCGUCCCGCCGUCACGCGGGACCAUCGCGCUCGUCCGGCCGAGCUGCACCUACCGCGACGCGGUCACCACGGAGAUGGUGCGGGUGGGGGGCGACCCGGUGACGCUGCUCCGCGCGGCGAGCCCGGUGAGCGCGGCGAUGUCCCUGCAGGUGGAGCGCGAGUGGCACCGCGUCCACGCCACCGAGGACAUGGCCGCGGCGCAGGCCGCCGCAGAGGAGCACGACUACGCCCGCGCGGCUUCGAUCCUCGAGGCCCGCCGCCGGCUGCUGGAGUCGUGCGCGUCGCUGUCCUCGGACCAGCAGACGCAGGCGCUGGUGGCCGAGCUGCGGGAGAUGCAGGAGCGCGUGCUGAACCCGCGGCUGUACCAGGGGUUUGGCCGCGCCUACAUCCUGUCCGGGCUCAGCUCCCACUCGUGGCAGCGUGCCACGGCGCGCGGUGACUCCACGGAGCUCACGGGCCUCGUCCACACCUACCAGACGCCGUCCAUGGUCAACAUGCUCAACCGGUCGCAGGCGCUCCAGCCAGAGGUAGCGGAGGCGCUGACCCGGUCCCCGACGAUCGCGCCGUUGCGCAGCCCAGCCCCCGCCUCCGGCUCGCGGGGGACGCGACGCGGGCCCCGGUCGUUCAGGCCGGCAAAGUCCUUCACUGGGCGGUCAUCGUGAGCGGAGGUUCGCUGACAAUGCAUGCGAACCGGCAGUAUCUAGGAGGAAGAAGAAAAACCAUUACCAUUUGAUUCGUUUCUUCGAUACUCUUUUGUCGUAGAGUCUUUUGCUUUUUAUACUGUUAUUUGGUCGUGGGCUAAUCGUGAGAUAUGUAUGUUUUGGUUCAUCUACUAAACUAGUGGGAACUAAUCAUCGAUUUGGUGUUUUUGUUCUAA